ACUUUCAAAAUGGAUAUACCGAAGUUCGAAGAAUUUUUCAUCCAGAUUAAUACUUCUUACUGGCUGUUGGGGAUACCUUUCGGAAAAAAUAAUAUUCGUAUUAGAUUCUAUAUAUUUUUGGUUUUGGUAUUUUUAAUGGCGAUCGGGGAAAUUAAUUUCUGUGUGACUAAUGUUUCUUCUAAAAAUUUGCUCGAAUUAACCCAAUUAGCUCCGUGUCUUUCUGUUGGUGUUUUAUCAAUUUUGAAAAUAGUUUGCAUCGCACUUAAAAGAAAUAAAAUUAACAAUUUAGUAAUCUCUCUCAAAGAUCUCUAUGAUAAUAUAAUUAACGAUAAUGAAAAGAAAAAUAUUGUUAAAGACGAUUUAUUGUUUUUGUAUGUCUUAAUCAAAACAUAUUUCAUACUUAAUAUGCUUCUAAUUAUGAUGUAUAAUUUUUCUACUAUCUUCAUCAUGAUUUACCAUUAUUUUAAAACUUCUGAGGUCAAUUUUAUGUUGCCCUAUGCGAUAUUACUACCGUUUACGAUGGAUUUAUGGUACGAGUGGAUAUUAGUCUACAUGUACUCUAUUACAUCUGGUUUUCUGUGCGUUUUAUUUUACACAGCUGUUGAUAUAUUAUAUUACAUAUUAACGUCACAUGUCUGCAAUCAUUUUAAACUGCUAUCGUUCGAUCUUCAAAAUUUAACAGACGGGAAUCUAUUAGGACACUCUGUGAAAAGACAUCAAUAUCUACUCAAGUUGUCAGAAGAUUUAGAAGAUAUUUUUACGGCACCGAAUUUUUUUAAUGUUUUAGUUGGUUCUUUAGAAAUAUGCGCUCUGGGUUUUACUUUAACGUUUGGAGGUGGUAUACAAUUACUUGGGGUUAUUCUAUUCCUAAUUUCGGUGCUUUUACAAAUGUAUAUGAUGUGUUUGUUUGUUGAAACUCUGAUGAGAAAGAGCGCAAGCGUUGGUGAAAUGACGUAUUUUUCUAACUGGCAUUGUAUGGACAAAUCUUCAAAGAAAACCAUUUUAUUGAUAAUAACAAGAUCCAAUAAGGAAAAAUAUUUAACGGCGUAUAAAUUCUCUGUUAUAUCAUACAAAUGCUUUACCAAGAUUAUAAGCACAUCUUGGACUUAUUUUACAAUUUUACGUACAUUAUAUACAGAAAGUGAAUGA